CCGUAUGUAAUAAACACACAGCCGAUAAGUACAGCAUAAAGGAAGAAUCGAAUAGGAAGAAUGAAUGAAUCAAAACAUAAACAAACCCAAUUUUACCGGACCUCGACGAUCGUACACAAUAUGUAGUAGUGCGCAAACCUCGGCACAAACUGGAAUAGGUGUGCAUGAUUUUUAGUAAUUCUUAAAGCCAGAAUGUGAAGUGACAUUAACAUACAUUGUCGUCGUCACCGAUUGGAAAGCGUGAAAAUUUGAAUUAUAAAAAUUGGUUUCAUCAUGCAAAUGUUGCGUUUAGGUUUCGUUGCAUUACUAGCACUCGUACUAAGUGAAGUAGUAGCCGAAAUUUUGUUCCAGAAACCAAAAGUUUUAAUUGUCACCCUGAUACGAAACAAGGAACAUACAUUGCCGUACUUUUUUUCUUAUCUCGAAAGUUUGGACUAUCCGAAAGAUCGCAUCUCUCUAUGGCUUCGUUCCGAUCACAACGUCGACAGAAGCAUUGAUAUUACUAAAGCUUGGCUGAAGAGAGUUUCUCGACACUAUCAUAGCGUUGACUUUGGAUAUCGUAGCGACGUGGAAAAGCGUUCCGACGAAAGUUGUAGCUCGCAUUGGUCUGAACAGCGAUUCGCGGACGUGAUUCGGCUUAAGGAGGAAGGCCUUGCGAAAGGAAGAAAAAUCUGGGCGGAUUAUGUUUGGUUUCUAGAUGCAGAUGCCUUUAUCACUGAGCCGCAAACUCUAUCAAACCUGGUCAGCUUAAGUUUGCCGAUUGUCGCACCGAUGCUACUGUCCGAUGGCUUAUAUUCUAACUUUUGGUGUGGAAUGACUGCCGAUUACUACUAUCAGCGAACUGAUGAGUACAAGGAAAUUCUAAACUACGACAAAACCGGUCAAUUUUCCGUUCCAAUGGUGCAUAGUGCAGUGAUGGUGAAUAUCAACGUGCUUCAGUCGCUGAAUCUGACAUUUGAUCCAAAUCGACUACCUCCGGGACGGUAUGAUGGACCACUAGAUGAUAUCAUCGUUUUUGCUAUUUCGGCCAAGUACAGCGGAAUUACGAUGUAUAUUUCAAAUGCAAAAGUUUAUGGCUACCUGCUAGUGCCUUUGGAACAAGGAGAAAUAAUUGAAAAAGAUUUGGAGCAGCUGACUAACAUCAAAUUGUUCAUUAUUAAUGAAUAUGGAGCGCUGAAUCUCAAGGAAGAUAUGAAACAUUUUGUAACUAGUAUCCCUAAAGAUAAGCUAGAUUUGGCACACAUUUACAUGAUUAAUUUGGAAAGAAGAUCUGAACGACGCAAGAAAAUGAUAAACAACUUUGAUCAACUUGGUUUAGAGAUAGAAUAUUUCCCAGCUGUCGAUGGAAAGAAACUGAAUGACGACGACCUUCGCGAGAUUGGUGUAAAAUUUCUACCAGGAUACGCGGAUCCAUAUCAUCAAAGACCAAUGACUAUGGGUGAAAUCGGAUGUUUUCUUAGUCACUAUUACAUCUGGGAAAAAAUAGUAGAGCUCAAACAAAAUGAAGUAUUGAUCCUGGAAGACGACAUUCGAUUCGAGCCAUACUUUAGGAGGCGUGUAUAUAAUCUUUUAGCUGAAGCUCGACGCAUCGGUGGAUGGGAUCUGAUUUAUUUUGGUCGUAAACGAUUGCAGGAAGAGGAUGAAAAAUGGGUGGACGGGUCGAGUACUAUGGUAAAGGCAGGGUACUCUUAUUGGACUUUGGGUUAUUUAAUUUCACUGCAAGGAGCAAAAAAACUUCUUGAGGAAAGACCCCUUGAAAAAUUGCUACCUGUAGACGAGUACCUUCCUAUAAUGUUUGACAAUCAUCCGAAUGAUUCGUGGGUUAGUAAUUUCCAGAAUAGGAACUUAGUCGCAUGGAGUGCGGCACCAUUGCUGCUAUACCCAACUCAUUACACUGGGGAUGAUGGGUACAUUUCUGAUACGGAAGACUCGGUCAGGAUCGACAAUGUUCUAAAGGUUAACAAUGAUACAACCGAUAGCUCCAUUGAGAAGAAAGGGGAUAAAGAACAGCUAAAUAGUAAUAUGUUUUUCGAUUCCUCCGUGACUAAGGACGAAGCGGAACUGAGUGUCAAAAAUAGGAGAAAUGAACUAUAGCACAACAUAAAGAAGAACUUGACACUGUUCCAAAACAGGUUUACUGUCACAUCCCACAAACGGUAAGUGCAAAUGAACAAAACUAUUUGAUUUUAACGAUUUUUGAGAUCAAUGGAACUAUGACCAAAAAUGAUGUGCCUUAUGCUUAUAAUGACUUAGAUUAUUAUAAUGCAAGUUUUAUAGCUUAAUACCAAAUUAAAAUAAAACAGCUACA